UUCCUCUCCUCGCCAUCUCUCUCUCCACUCUGUCACACCAUCCCUCAGUCCCUCCCAUUGCCCCUUUAAUUGUGUCCUUACAACUUGCUCCCCCUCCUUCGGUCCCCCUCGGUGCGUAAAAUAGGAGCAACGUUCCCCACAAGUCGCUCCUCAGCUGGAUGAAGAUGCGCGGCGGAGAGCGGAGAGGAUUUUUGCGCGGUUGUGCAUGUGGAGGGUGUGUGUGAUUUCAGUGGUUGUGUGUUUAGGAAAUGAGGUGGGCGUGUGUGGAGUUGUGAAUCCAGCCCUCAGAGAGAAGCGUGAAGCCACAGCUGGAUCAGCAGAGUCUGUCCCUCUGCGCCUCAGCGCCGCAGGAUUCUGUAAGCAGUGCGGUCACAUUAAGUGAGUCCAGUAGUGAACCUUUCAUGAUGCCUUCACUGUCAAGGCUUGGAUGGACUGUUUGCUGUCUCCUUUUGCUCUCUGGGAGUCCGUCAGCUAACAGCGUAGAGCAGCGAUGUUCAGCAGCUGGUUCGGUCGGACCCCGACAUCCUGUUCAGGGUCUGCUGGAGAAGUUUGAGGCAGGUCCAGGCUGCGCUGCCAGAGAACGUGGGAACAAAGAGACUCAUGUAGUCGCGUUGGGAAGAGUGACAAACAGCCCCGAAAAUAAGGUGACGGUGCUGCUGAAGCCUUUGUUUCUGUCUGUUUCCUCCCUGAGAGCCGUCAACCUGCUACUCAGCUCUAAACUCCCAGUCAGCUGGAGGCUGGAGGCUGAAAGGCUGCCAUCUGACCUCCCAGUGUUAGUGCAGGUGUCCUCUAACUCCAGCGUAGAGUCCAACUCCCUGCAUUUGCGUGUCCAGACGGUACAUUCGUUACCCUUUCGUCCCCGUGUGCUGCACCGCUGGGCUCUGAAACACCACGGAAACCUGUCCUCUCUGACGCACACGACGCAUGGCAAUCGAGUCUACCUCCGCCUGGGAGAGGAUCCGACGUUGCCUGCUGCGUGCCGGCUGCAGUCCAUGUUCCUCUCUCACAACUACAUGACCUCUGACCUGCAGCAGCAGGAAGUGCAGGGCUGCAGCUACACCGGAUCCAACCCUGAAGUUCACGUGAUCAAACUCCAUUCAGCGGGAUCGGGCCUCUGUGGCUCUCUGCAGGUGGAGGUUAUUGUCUCUCUUGUGCCUCCGGUGGCCAACUCAAAGUCGCACAGGGUUGUAUUGAUUCUCAGCAGUUCUGUUCCUGUUAACUGGGCCAUCGUUGCUCAUGGUGUCCGGGGUCGUAUCACUGUUCACGCCUCCAACAGUGUGUCUCCAUCCUACCCAGCUGAACCUGGCCUCACUGUGUCCAGCACCCUGAACUCUGACCUUUCCACCAUCACUGACCUCCUAGUGUGGGCCGGUCAGAGCGGCUACUCCAAGGUGACCUCAUACACCGAGGCUGAUCUGGCCAAUCGCUUUGUGAUCCAGCUGGCCGAGGGCGGGACAGAGGAGGCAGUGAAUCCUGUGGUGGUGAAGCCUCCCUGGGUGGAGGAGCGCCGGCUGAGGCAGUGGCUGAACGGUGGAGGCCGAGCAGCAGCAGGAGGAGGAGGAAGAGGAGGAGGAGGUGCGGAGAGUUUCACGGUGAAGUGUGAGGACGGACGGCUCAGCGUGGCAGUGGACCAACGCAUCCUGCAGAGUUUGUCCGUCCCGGUGGCUGCUGUGACUCUGCAGGACCCGACCUGCCAGGCUCAGUCCAACGGGAGCCAUUUCCUGUUAGUGUUCCCAGUGAUUUCCUGUGGGACCGAGGGCCUGCUGCUGGGAGAGCCUCGAGGGGUGCAGUACACCAACAUGGUCUUAUUAUGGAGACACAAACCACAGACCUCUCUGGCACUAAAUGAGACAGACAAGCCUAAAAGUCCACUCGGCAUACAUUUUAGCUGUUUGGCUGCUGUUCCCGACCCCUCCAGCCAUGUCGCUGAUGCCAAAGAUAGUGUAAACACUCCUCAGACAGGACUGGUCCCCUGGGUGCCCGAAGGUCCAGGAUCUGAUCCAGGACUGAGCCGCCUCCCAACACCCAGACACAGAUCUGGGCCUCUUCUUCUUCUGGAGCUUUUUAUUAACGAGAGCUACGAGCAGAAGCGAAUCGGACCCUGUGUCAUUACUGCAGAUCACCGUGUCUAUGUUGAGAUUUCAGCCAAAGGGCCCCCUGCAGACGUCGUACAGCUGAACUCGUGUGUCGUGUCUCCUCUGUCAGACCCCAAAAAAUCUCCUUUCUGGCCUGUAAUAAGUGACGGCUGUUCCUCAGAUCCCUCACUGACUCUCAGUGCAAAGAAAAAAGAGGAAGCGGAGGAUGAGGCUGAAGGUGAUUGUGAACUAGAAGAGGAAGAGACAGAGGAAGUGGAGAAAGUUCAUCACAUGACUGAAAGAAGAGGUAGAGAAGCAAUGAUUGGCAAGAAGACCACAAGGGCUGGGGAAGAGGAGAUGCGGCCCUUAAGGUUUAGUUUCAUCCUGAGGCCGGUUUAUAACAACUCCAUUCAGUUCCUCCACUGCAGCCUUCGAGUGUGCGUCUCUGACCCAACAAAAGGGGAACUUACAAAGGAAACCGUGAAGAAUGAAUGUCAGGGAAAGCUGCAUAUCCCUCCACUAGUAUCUAAAUCAUCAAGACAUCAGUGUGAGACCAGAAACCUCUCCAGACCCAUGGUGGUCACCCAGUCUAUCAGUUCACUGGUACCCAAAAUGCAGCCCCCAGCUGGUCCAAGAACCAAGAGGCUCAGUGUUGUCCCGGUGGUCAGUUCAGACCAGGAGCACAGCAGCUCUGCGGUGCAGACCGGACCAGUGAUUGGAAUCAUCUUUGCAGCCUUUGUGAUGGGUGUCAGUCUGAUGGGGGCGCUGUGGUGCAUCUAUAGUUACACAGGGUCACGCCAAGCAUCUGCAGGAGAAGGUCCUCUAACAGACCAGACUCCUGUCAGUCAGAGCAUCUGGAGUCCACCUUCACCGUCCCAUCAGUUCUCCAGCUCAGUGUAGAGGAUUUCCUCCUGCAAAUCUGAGAAACUGGAACUGGGACAGAGGUUGUAACAACUUGUGUGUGUGUGUGAGCACAGCUGCCUGUGUGUGUGUGUGCAGAGACAUGUUUGUGCAACGCUCCUCAUGAGUCUUUGCUUCGUAGCAGAAAUGUGAGAGACCGAAAACAUGUGAAUACAGCAGCACUUACUCAUCGCAGCAUUCUGAAGGAUCAGAUGUUUGAUGCAAAGCGAAACGUUGGUUGUUCGAUGCAGCGAGCCGUUCUGCACCGAGUCGUUGCAAAACUGGCAGCGCAUCGUGACAUGGACAGAGCCGUUUCUGGAUUCAACAGGAUCUGAUCAUGGUUGGAGUGACUCAGACAGAAACUGCAUUACCAUCAGCAUCGCCUUUAGAGACCGAACACGGGGUUGACGAAGAAUCGAGAGGUUACAGUGUGCCCGUUUGAAGAGUCGCUGUCUUACAGUCAUUUUUACUACUUGUGUGGUAACUGUGAAUCAGCUGGAUGUGAAAGCUACAUCUGUGAAUUCUGUUGUGUUUAUGUGGCAAAUAAGAUGUUUUAAAUGUGCUGAGGCCUG